CGAUUGUCCCCUAUAUUUUCGAACGGGAGAGAGAGAGAGUCGUUUCCUCCCCAAUCUCUCCUCUCUCUUCCUCCUGUUGCUCUCCGCAUGGAAUUCCGUCGCCGGGCGCUCUCCAAGCCCCACCGGUCGCUAACACCGGCGGGGGCGUUCCCGGCGAAAUCCGGCUCUUCCACUAGAGUCCAGGCUUCUGACGCGCUGCCCCUCCCCAUCCGGCACACUAACAAGCUCUUCUCCGUCCUCUUCAUGGCCUCCAUGUACUACCUAAUGUGCCGGUGGCGCGAGAAGAUCCGCACUGGCGCCCCUCUUCACACUCUCACCCUCUCCGAUAUCCCAGCCAUUGUGGGCUUUAUCGCAUCGCUCGUCUACCUCAUUAGCUUCUUCGGCAUCGCUUAUGUCCAGUCUUUUGUUUCCUCCCACUAUGACGAGGACGACUUCCUCCUUUCCAGCGAUCAACCUGCUCCCUGCCCCCUUUCCUGCUCCAAGAAAUCCCCUCUCGCUGCCGAAUCGCUCUUCGGAGAUGACGAGGAGAUUGUUUCCGCGGUUGUCGCCGGCAAGAUCCCAUCCUAUGUUCUUGAGGCGAAGCUUGGGGAUUGCCGACGGGCGGCGGGGAUCCGUCGCGAGGCGAUCAGUAGGUUAACGGGGCGUGGAAUGGAAGGGCUUCCCCUUGAUGGUUUCGAUUAUUCUUCGAUUUUAGGGCAGUGCUGCGAGAUGCCGGUUGGUUAUGUUCAAUUACCGGUAGGGAUUGCAGGGCCGUUGUUGCUCAACGGCAAGGAGUAUUUUGUGCCCAUGGCGACCACGGAGGGCUGCCUUGUGGCGAGCACGAACCGUGGCUGCAAGGCGAUUGCGUUGUCUGAUGGGGCGGUGUGCGUUGUUCUCAAGGAUGGGAUGACGAGGGCUCCGGUCGUGAGGUUCGCUACGGCUAAGAGGGCAGCGGAGCUUAAGUUCUUUCUAGAGGAUCCCCGAAAUUUCGAGACGCUGGAGAUUGUAUUCAAUAGAUCUAGCAGAUUUGCCAAGCUUCAAGGAAUCAAGUGCUCUCUAGCUGGUAAGAAUCUGUACAUGAGAUUUAGCUGCUUGACUGGAGAUGCAAUGGGCAUGAAUAUGGUUUCCAAGGGCGUGCAGAAUGUAUUGGAUUGGCUACAAAAUGACUUCCCUGAUAUGGAUGUGAUCAGCAUCUCAGGAAAUUUCUGCUCUGACAAGAAGCCUGCCGCAGUUAACUGGAUUGAAGGUAGAGGAAAAUCGGUUGUUUGUGAGGCUAUCAUUAAGGAGGAGACUGUGAGGAAAGUUCUCAAGACAACUGUCCCAGCACUAGUAGAGCUCAAUACCCUUAAGAACCUUGCUGGAUCAGCUGUGGCGGGAGCUCUAGGUGGCUUCAAUGCUCAUGCCAGUAACAUUGUGACUGCCAUCUAUAUAGCCACUGGUCAGGAUCCUGCACAGAACGUGGAGAGCUCUCAUUGCAUCACUAUGAUGGAGGCUGUUAAUGAUAACAAUGAUCUCCACAUCUCUGUAACCAUGCCUUCCAUUGAGGUGGGCACAGUCGGUGGUGGGACGCAACUUGCUUCCCAGUCUGCCUGCUUAAAUCUUCUUGGUGUAAAGGGCGCAAACUCGGAUUCCCCAGGCGCAAACUCCAGGCUUCUGGCCACCAUAGUCGCCGGUUCUGUUCUUGCCGGAGAGCUUUCCCUCAUGUCAGCUCUUGCAGCUGGUCAGCUUGUUAAGAGCCACAUGAAGUAUAACAGAUCAAGCAAAGAUAUAUCCAAAGCUCUUCCUCCUGACUCCUGAAAGCUUAACUAAAUGUUCAUUGCAUCAACCAUACACCCAGAAGAAAAAAGACAAAAAUGCAGCUUACAAAAUAAUUCUGGGAAAGUUAUAAAUGGAAGAUAAUUCAAACCUUCGGCUGUACUCGAGCGCUCAGAUCCGGUAAAAAUUUUCUAUCUUUUUUCUUGCCAAAUGUCUACAGUAUCUGCAAUGAAAAUGUCAUCCUGAACUUGGCCUUAUGUGCCAUUUUCAGAAUGCAUCUUCCCAAUGGAAUCCUUCAGAACUUUUUAUCUGUCGUUGUGUCUCUCUCUCUUCCUGUAAAGUUACUGAUUCUACUUUGUACUUUUGCCUCCCUUGUUAUUUUCUAUGAUCUCCAGUAGUAAAUAUUAAGUAAUAUUUUUCUCUCAA